AUUGGCUGACGGCUGCAUUUGAAUUACAACGCGCUGAAGGAAGCGGCGGCGGAACGAAGGACGAAGAUUCAGUUCGUGUCUUAAAAAAAAAAAGAAAAAGAAACGGUGGAAACUUCUUCAUCCACACAACAGACGCGGUCCUCGCUCCCCGGGGUCUCUCCACAGCGGACACGGGUCCUGAUUUAUAGGACAUCAUGGAGUCAGCUGUGAUGAGCCUCCAAAGCUUAUACGAUAACCUGAGGACGCAAGUUGAUCUCCUCAAUGAUAACAUUGAACCCAACUUCAUUCAGAUGGCACAAAACUUUGAUGACUGCCGACGCAAAUGGCUGCGGGCAGAGCAGGAUCUGGGGUCUUGCAAAGAGAUUCUCACCAAAACAGAAACGGAGAGGGGAUCCCUGGAGGUCAAACUGAAACAUGCCCGCAACCAAGUCGAUGUGGAGAUCCGGCGCAGACAGAAGGCUGAGGCUGAUUGCGAGAAGUUGGACCGUCAAAUUCUGUUGAUUCGUGACCUGCUGACCAGCGAAGGAUCCAGCAACAGCAUCCAGCUGAGUGCAGAGCAGCGCUCAGCUCUGGCCUUCCUGAACACCAACUCUCAGGCAGCAGCCACUCUGAACACCAGCCGAAGACUGAAGACAAUAGACGAGUCCGCCUCUAUCUUGUCAGAUAUCAGCUAUGACAAGACAGAUGAUUCUCUUGACUGGGACUCCUCCACCGUGAAGACGGUUCGUCUUAAGAAACGAGAAAAAAGGCGCUCUUCGAGAAACCGUGUGGAUGGUCCUCCAAUUGCCUCCAAAAGGUCUCGAUCAACAGGCAGAACUUCAGAGAGGGCAAAUGAGACUCUGGUAACAAAGACCACAGUGACUGUCCCUAUAGACGGAGGACCUGUUGAGGCAAUUUCUACUAUUGAAACUGUUCCUUACUGGACUCGCAGCAGGAGAAAGACUGCUGCCAUGGAGUGGGACUCUGAAUCUGUCACAUCUGAGGAUGUCUUCAAACAGCCGAGCAUCCCUGAGGGAGAGCAAAGACACGCUCCCAGCACUCCUCAGAACAGCGGAGGUGUCCGUCAUCACGAGUUUGUCUCCAAAACUGUCAUUAAGCCCGAGUCCUGCGUGCCGUGUGGAAAGAGGAUCAAGUUUGGCAAGAUUUCACUGAAGUGCCGCGACUGCAGGGUCGUCUCGCACCCCGAGUGUCGCCAGCGUUGCCCUCUGCCAUGCAUCCCCACUCUGGCUGGCACACCGGUCAAAAUUGGAGAGGGCGUGCUUGCAGACUACGUCCCCAACACAUCGCCCAAGAUUCCUCCUCUCGUGGUCCACUGUGUCAGUGAGAUAGAGCAAAGAGGCCUGCAUGAGGCUGGACUGUAUCGUCUGUCCGGGGCUGAUCGCACAGUGAAGGAGCUGAAGGAGAAGUUUCUCCGCAGCAAAACUGUUCCCGUGCUGAGCAAGGUGGACGACAUCCACGCCGUCACCGGCCUCCUCAAGGACUUCCUGAGGAACCUGAAGGAGCCUCUGCUCACUUUCCGUUUGAACCAUACCUUCAUGGAGGCAGCUGAGGUUUCAGAUGACGACAACAGCAUCACCCUGAUGUACCAAACCAUUAGUGACCUGCCAAAGCCCAACAGAGACACGCUGGCUUUCUUAGCCCUUCACCUUCAGAGAGUUGCUGACAGUUUGGACACUAAGAUGGACGUCAGUAACCUGGCUCGAGUUUUCGGACCAACUAUCGUGGGUCAUGCAGUUUCCAAUCCAGAUCCUAUGACAAUCCUUCAGGAUACGAAACGUCAGCCAAGGGUGGUGGAGCGCCUGUUGUCUCUGCCGGUGGAUUACUGGGCCACCUUUGUGAUGGCGGAAAACGAGCAGCCAAACUUGGACCACCUGAUCAUCGAGAAUGCAAACUGCUACGCCACCCCCGAGAGAGUGAGCAUGCUGGGACCUCUGACCACGCCAGAGCACCAGCUCAAUAAAACCCCCUCCUCCAGCUCCUUGUCUCAGCGCAUGAAGUCCUCCCUGACUCCCAGAUUUGGGAGCAAGAGCAAAUCAGCAGUUGGCUUCGGUCGCCAAGGAAAGUUCUUUGCAUCGCCGCUCCUCAAAUAGAGCAGCUACGUAAAACCUUCAUUCAUACAGCAUUGAUGAGUAACUCAUAGCCAGGUACUGCUUUAUUAACAGCUAUAAUUAAUGCCUCCAUAUUAGUCUUCCUCUUUAAACUCAUAAUCAUUUUUAAUGUUUCACAAUGUUAAGAGCUGUAAUCUGAUGAUUUUACAUGUUUGUAAAUUGAUUUUUUUUUUUUUACCAAAUAGUAGAUUUUCCUAUCUAUGCACACUUGUGACUUUAGAGAAUGCUUUGGCAAAAUGUUUAAGGAGACUUUCUCAUGUCCCAUCUUAACGCAUGUGAAUGUACUAUAUAUAUAUAUAUUUGCUCUUUUUAAGAGGUGUGCUCAUAGAUGUGUACUGUAUGUGCAGUUUUGUUGUGGCGUGCAUCUAAACCUAAAUCAUUUCUCUUGAGCUCUUCGGCUCAUGUGUCACUCAGAGGUUGAAGAGCUCAUUUGUAGGCAUUUCAUUCUAGGUUUGUAAUUGAAUGUAUGACUGCUUUGUAACAUUAUCUUUUCAUUUUGAUGUUUGUAUUUUCAUUUCUGUUUCCAUCCAGUUUAAGUUGUCUCCACCCCCCUCCCCCAGUAAUUUGUACUGCUCGUGUUCAUAAUUUAAGUACAAACACUACCUACAAGAGCUCAGUGGGAAUAUCUCGCUCGUAAUUUCCAAGUUUCUCCGAGCAUGCUGUCGUUGUUCUCUUCACUAGGGGAGAAACUAAAAGAAGUUGCUGUCAUUCAGUUUUACAGUGUCUCUUGCGCUGCGGGUGAACAUCAGGAACGUUGUUCACUUGUUUAUGUCUCACACUGUAAACUCUGUCAGAUCCUUUAGCUCCUUCUAUAUUUAAAGCUCUGUUCAGUGUUUGUACCUUGGGAGGUUUCUAAUGAACUAUUCAGUGUAAAAGGCAAUUACUUUGUAAGAUUAGCCAGUUUAGUUACUGUGGCAUUAUAUGAUUAACCAUCAGCACAGAUUUUGUACUCAAAUAGACUCUUUAAAAUGUAUGUUCACUUAUAAAAUACAUUUAUAACGUUUC